AUUAUUGAUCAUUCUUAUGGAUAUAGAGUUAAGUGGUGUUGUUAUAUAUAUUGCUAUAACAUAUAUAAAUCUUAUAACUACAAAGAGGAUUUCAUCUUCAUCUCAGCUUUAGUUAUUACUACCGUUUCAAAAAAUACAGUAAUGGCCGAUGGAGUUUUAUCCAACGUUGCUGGAAGUAUUGUUGAGAUGCUGGGUUCUGCAGCAUUCGAAGAGGCCAGACUGCUUUAUGGUGUGAAGGACGAGUUUCAGAAACUUGUUGGGACAAUUGAAGUAAUCAAAGGCGUACUUCUUGAUGCAGAAGAGAAGAUGGAUGUUGAUCAUCAAGUCAAAGCUUGGCUCAAACAACUUGGAGAUGUUUUCAUUGUUGCUGAUGACUUGGUGGACAAGUUUCAUACCGAACCUUCCAUGUCUGGGAAUAAGUUUACCAGACAGGUAUGUCUUUUUUUCUCCAGCUCUAAUCAGCUAGAUUUUCGUUUUAAGAUGGGCCAUCAGAUUAAAAGUAUAAGAGAAAAACUAGAUGCUAUAAGCGCUAAUAGGAGUUUCCAUUUAGAUUUUCGUCCAAUAGAAACGAGAGUUGGUAGUGGAAGUAGUAUGAGGGAGACCUACUCAUAUGUGAGGGAAGAGGAAGUUAUUGGGAGAGAGGAUGACAAGAGAGAGAUUAUUCAAAAAUUGGUGGAAAUGGAUUUUGGGGAGGAUGUGUCAUUCAUUCCAAUGGUAGGGAUUGGAGGGUUAGGAAAAACCACACUAGCUCAAUGUGUUUUUAAUGAUGAAAGAGUCCAAAAACAUUUUGAACCAAAAAUGUGGGUGUGUGUUUCUGAUGUUUUUGAUGUGAAAUUACUUGUGGGGAAAAUUUUGAAGUCUCUUACGUCUAGCAAUCUAGAAAACCUUGACUUGCAACAACUACAAAAUAAACUUAGAGAAGAGCUAAGUGGAAAGAAAUACCUGCUAGUGUUGGAUGAUGUUUGGAAUGAGAAUGGUGAAGAAUGGGGUAAGUUAAAGAUGUUGUUGAAGUGUGGAGGAAAGGGUAGUAGAGUCUUAGUAACUACUCGUAGUGAGGUGGUUGCUAGGAUAACUCAGAGUAGAGUUGAGCGAAUUAAAGUAAAGGGUUUGAGCGAAGACAUGUCCUGGUCCUUAUUCAAAAGAAUGGCAUUUAAGGAAGGUCAAGAGCCGGUGGAGGGCUCAAAAGGAAAGGAGCUAGGAUUGGAGGUUGUCAAGAAAUGUAAGGGAGUUCCUUUGGCCAUAAGAACAAUAGGAAGAUUAUUGCAGGAAAGGUUAUGGCAGUCUGGAGACCCACAAAAGGAGUUGUCAACGUUUUUGAAUCGCGAGUUUGCAAAAAUAAAACAAAAUGAAAAUGAUAUCUUGCCCACCCUCAAACUAAGUUAUAAUCAUCUCCCAUCACAUUUGAAGCAUUGUUUUGCUUACUGUAGAUUGUUCCCAAAAGAUCAUGAAAUUAAUGUGAGGGAGUUGAUACAACUAUGGAUGGCACAAGGAUUUAUAAAAUACUCUGAUGACAAAAGCCAAUGUCUAGAAGAAAUUGGUUACGAGUAUUUUAUAAAUCUACUUUGGAGAUCCUUUUUCCAAGAGCCAGAAACUUGUGAUUUUGAUGAUAUAAUGACAUGUAAAAUGCAUGACCUUAUGCAUGAUCUUGCAAUUAAGGUGGCAGGAUCAAAUAGUGUCAUAAUCGAUCAAAAUUCUAAAAUUUCUGAUGAAAAAUAUCUCCAUGUGUCAUUCGUAAAUUUUGAUUUUGAUCUUGAAACCAACAACUCACUCGAGAUUUUCGAAUUCUUUUCUCAACAAAAAAGACUUCGAACUUUACUUAUACAUAAUUUUGAAGGGUUGAGCUUCUCAGAACUAGAGGGUUUUGGGUCCUACUUUAAGUGUCUACGAGCUUUGAGUGUACCUUCCAUGAAGAUUGAGGUGUUGCCAAGGAAUUUGUGUGAAUUAGAACAUUUGAGAUAUCUAAAUCUUUCUGGUAAUUUUAGGUUAAAAGUGCUUCCUAGCUCUUUUAUAAGAUUACAGAAUUUGCAAACUCUGAAUCUUACUAAUUGUUAUAGCCUUGUUAGAUUACCUCUAAACAUGAAGAAAUUAAUCAACUUAAGGCAUCUUAUGAUUGAUGGAUGUAAAAGAUUGAGAGAGAUGCCCCCUGAAUUUGGGUAUAUGAGUUCCCUUCACACAUUAGAUAGAUUUGUUGCAUCUGAGUCCAGUGGGGUUCAUGAAUUGAGCAACCUCAUUAACAACUUAAAUGGAAGUUUAACAAUUAAAAGACUCGGGUGCACGACAAACUACUCUGCAUCAAAAACAACUUCAAAGCGAGUCAUUUGUGAAGGCAAGCAUAAUCUUUAUUCGUUAACUUUAGAGUGGAAUGUAGUGAGAAAUGAUGAAAUGUCAAUUGAAGGUUUGCAGCCACCUUCCAGCCUAAAAGUGUUGCAUGUGUGGGGUUUCAUGGGUGUGAGAUUUGGAGGUUGGCUUUCUUCAUUGGAUAACCUUGUUAAAUUGAAGUUAAUCAAAUGCAAGAAGUGCCAAUAUCUCCCAAAAUUAGAUCAAUUACGUUCUCUCGAGGAACUUUACAUUUGUGAGGUUGAAGCAGAGUACAUGUGCUCCUCUGCGGAAGAUGAUGAUUUUGACGCCAACUUGUUCUUUCCAUCCCUAGUGACUCUUCAUAUUAGAUAUUGUUUUAAUCUCAAGUGGUGGUGGUGGAAAAAGGAAGUGGAUGGGAAUAAUGAGUUUGUUAGAUCAUUUCCUCGUCUUUCCAAUUUAGAAAUAGAAAUGAGUCAUCACCUCACUUCAAUGCCCUUGUUUCCAUCUAUUGAAGAAGUCACACUGAUUGGAACUAGCUCAAUGGCAUUAGAAGAAACGUUUAAAAUGAUGAGGGGAAGCAAGGCACACAACACUCACCCAAACAUUUCAUUGCUAAGGUCUAUCGUUAUAAGAAGCUGCCCCAGUUUGACAUCACUAACGAUGGAAGGGAUUGGUAACCUUACUUCCCUCGAGUAUAUUCGUAUAGAAAGUUGCUCCAAUUUGACAUCACUCCUUGAAGGGAUUGAUAACCUUGCUUCCCUUAGGACUGUCUAUAUAGAACAUUGUCACAAUUUGACAUCAGUACUAGAAGGGAUUGAUAACUUUCCUUCCCUUCAGUCUAUCCUUAUAGAUGCUUGCCCCAAUUUGACAUCAAUUCCCGAAAACUUCAAAAAAGUGAAGAAUUCUAUCAUUAGGCGUUGUCCAAAGCUUGAAGAGACAUAAUGUAAUUGAAGUUUAUUUAUCUAUUAUACAUAAACAGGUUAAUUUGUAUAAUUCAUCCUUGUCAACCAAUGGAGAGACGGAAGUGGUGUUCAGCUCAACAAGAAAGGAGACGGGGCAAUGAUCAGACCAACAAAAAAGAUGGAGACAUAAGUGGAGUUAGCUGUGGAAAAGAACUAAUACUUUCAGAGUCUCAUUCUUUCAUUUCAACGCAUUCAAAAUUCAGUUAAUGAGAAGAUUGGUGUUGUCAAGAAUUUCAGGGGAGUGGUUGGAGAGUCAAUCAGAGUGAGAAAACUCUAUUUUUGCAAUCAGUGAAUGGAUCGUCAUGCAUAUUUGAAUUCAUGGUGAGUAAACUAAGGGGCAGCAAACACAAUACCAAACUGUGGAGAACAGCGAUUAUGGCAUUAAUUUGGGCUGUUUGGUUGGAAAGAAAUUCUAGAAUUUUUGAGGGACAUGACGAGAGUUCAGAAGAGGAACUUUGGGAGAAAAUAAAAUUCUGGUCAGCUAUUGAGGAUGUUAGAGUUGAACACAAAUAUUUUUUUUUGUACUGUGUGUUUGGUUUUUUGCUGUAACAAUUUCUUUGGUAUGGCACUUGUAACCACGGUAUUCCUCCGCCACAAGUGAGGUUAUCUAUAUAUAUCGGGGAGGGGUCAGUCUUAGACAAAGGCCUCUUUCUCUUUUUCAAAAAAAUCGAGCUAGGUAGCUUGGUCAUUCUUUUCUUUUCGAAAUCAAGAACUUAAAGAAAUUAUUUUGCCAGCCAUUAAGGUAUGUUAUGUUAUGAAGUUCUAUGAUGUAUGUCAUGUUGUGUUUAUCAAUUUAAGUAGCCCCAUAAUGCAUAUUCUGGUGCCAUUGGGAAUGUCUGUAUAUAUGACUGUCCCAAUUUGACAUCAAUUCCAGGCAACUUCAGCAAAUUGAAGUUUUUUAUAUUCUGGGUUGUCCUAAGCUUGAACUA